AUGUACACCAGCCUUGCCGCCUUCUCCACCUUCCUGGCCCUUGUGGCUGGACAACAGGUGGGUAAGGAGAAGACCGAGACGCAUCCCAAGAUGACUUGGCAGAAGUGCACUGCUCCUGGCUCCUGCACGACUGUCAAUGGAGAAGUCACCAUCGACGCCAACUGGCGCUGGGUCCACGACAAGGGCGGUUACACCAACUGCUACACCGGCAACGAGUGGAACAGCACCAUCUGCAAGGACGCCAAGUCGUGUGCUUCCAAUUGCGCUCUGGAGGGAGCUGACUACAAGGCCACCUAUGGUGCCUCCACCAGCGGCAAUGCUCUGUCUCUGACCUUUGUCACCAAGGGCGAGUCUGCUACCAACAUUGGCUCCCGUCUUUAUUUGAUGGCCAGCGCGACCAAGUACCAAAUGUUUACCCUACUGGGCAACGAAUUCACCUUUGACGUGGAUGUGUCCAAGCUGGGUUGCGGUCUCAACGGCGCACUGUACUUCGUCUCCAUGGACGAGGACGGCGGCAUGGGCAAAUACUCGGCCAACAAGGCUGGCGCGAAGUAUGGCACUGGCUACUGUGAUGCUCAGUGCCCUCGUGACCUCAAGUUCAUCAACGGCGAGGCCAACUCUGCUCAAUGGACCCCGUCGUCCAAUGACCAGAACGCCGGUGUCGGUGGCUACGGCUCUUGCUGCACUGAGAUGGAUAUCUGGGAGGCCAACUCCAUCUCAACCGCCUACACCCCUCACCCUUGCACCACCAUCGACCAGCACCGCUGCUCGGGCGACUCAUGUGGCGGCACUUACUCCGAGGCCGACCGCUACGGCGGCACCUGCGACCCCGACGGGUGCGACUUCAACUCGUACCGCCAGGGCGUCAAGGACUUCUACGGGCCCGGCAUGACCGUCGACACCAAGAAGAAGUUCACCGUCGUGACGCAGUUCAUCAAGGGCUCGGGCGGCAGCCUCGAGUCCAUCCGCCGCUUCUACGUCCAGGGCGGCAAGGUGAUCCCCAACUCCGAGUCCACCAUCGAGGGCACCUCGGGCAACGAGAUCAACGCCGAGUUCUGCAAGGCGCAGAAGAAGGCCUUCAACGACGGCGACCACUUCAACGAGAAGGGCGGCAUGGAGCAGUUCAGCAAGGCCAUCGCCAAGCCCAUGGUCCUGGUCAUGUCUCUCUGGGACGAUCACUACGCCAAUAUGCUCUGGCUCGACUCCACCUACCCCACCGAUGCCUCUGCCGAUGAGCCCGGCAAGGGCCGUGGCUCUUGCGAGACUAGCUCGGGCGUGCCUAGUGACAUUGAGGGCAAGCAAGCCAGUGACUCCGUCACCUACUCCAACAUCAAGUUUGGUCCCAUCAACUCUACCUUUGCCUCCGGAUCGUAG